CUCGGCGGGUGUGUGGCGCUAUGGCUGGCGGCUCGGCGGCGGCGGCGCUGGCGAGGGCCUUGGAGGCGCUCGAUCUUGGUGAUGCAGCAGAUAAGAUUAAUUUCAUACCUCAAGACUUUUUUGCAGAACUAUGUGAGCAAGUAAUUCAGCAUCUGAACCAUAAGAUCUCAGGUGUAAAUACGGUAGAAUUGUGUCAGAGACUUCAGACAUCUGGGACUGAGAUUAAUGUCGGUGACCUGGCAAAAAUAGCUAAUAUUAUUUCCUUUUUAUUUAGCACAGCAGCCAGAAACAGUCUCUCUACAGAAGAACUUGUCACCACUCUGGGCAAUGCAGUCAGCACGCUGCCGAAACAUGCAGUUCAAGUUAUUCGUCAUGUAUGGAAUGAUCAAGGCAAAUCUAUUAGUGUGUCAGAAGAUGCAAGAAAUACGGCCACAGUGGGGCAGUUCAUAGAUAUCUGUUGGAAACUGGGAGUUGCAAUGAGCUCUGACACCUGCAGAUCUCUCAAGUAUCCUUAUGUUACAGUGACACUAAAAGUGGCAGACCCUUCAGGACAAGUAACGAACAAAUCUUUUGAAAUGACAGUUCCACAGUUCAAGAACUUUUUCAGACAGUUCAAGGAAAUGGCAGCUGUUCUUGAAACAGUUUGAAUAGAACUCUUUAACACUGAAGUUUCUGAUGGACUUAGAUUGAGUAAACUUUGUUCUACACAGGAAAUAAAGUGCCAUUGUUCAAGCAAGGUAUGUAUACUCGUCUUCCCAAAGAAUAUUUUUCAGCAUCCUCCUUGAAUCGCUCUGAAGACUUCUUUGCUAUUGAAUGCUUGAGACCAGCUCCACAUUGUCUGUAAAAUGUGUUCAGCUUUGUCAUCCUGGUAGACAAAAGAUCAGGAUGUGUAAGGAGAUGUGUCACUGCAGACCUUUUCUGCUAUCGAAGAAUAAGAAACUAUGCGUUUAACUCUGCAGCGUAAAAAGAUUUGUGGAAAUGUUAAUUUGACUGAGGAGACAGUAAGGGAAGUGUAAAUCCCAUAUCUUCUGUCUGUAAAAUGGAGAUGUGUGUGGAAGCAAUAUUAACUAUAACAUUACACAUAGCAAGCAUACAGUUAGUCUUAAAGAACAGCAUUGUCAAGUAGUUAGUUGCAUAUAUCAGCAGACUUGGCUUUCAGUCUCUUUUUAUUUAUUGGAGGAUGUACUUACCAUAACAGCUUAUUUCAGAUAUUUAUUUCCCACAUCAGAGAAAUGACCAUGGUAGAAGCCAGCAAGAUUUUUUUUUUUUUUUUUUUUUUUUUUUGUCGUUACAUUUUGUGGCAGUAGUCUGUAGUGCUCUCUUGGAUAAUGUCCUCACCAGUAAAAUUUGAUUUUUGACUCUGGGGGCAUUUUCAAAAGGUGAGUGCUAAAAGAAAAAGAGCGCAUAAGCACACUGGAUUUUGAGUUUUACAUAAACAAAACACAAACUACAAAUAUAGCUGACUAAUAAAAACAAUACUGUUGCAUUUCAAGAUAGGCUGGUGGCAGUUCAUACAGAUAAGCAGGCUGAAGUUUAUGCUGUAACAUUGGGGUGGUAGAGACUGAAAAACAUUUUUUUGGGACAGAUCCUUAGGUGAUUUCAAGUUUCACACAUGAGAACAUCUACCUUUCUAACCCAUUUAACCUUUAACUUUUUUCGAAGCUGGCUGAAAAUCACUGAUACAGAUCUGUCUUACCUUUGUCUCGUCAAAAUAAACUGCAACACAUUGUGUGUAUGGUAUGCACUUUGGAGAGAGAUGCACCCUCCCCAACUAUUCUGAGCAAUAUGACUGGUUCUUUUGUACAAAUGGAGUUGCUCAGAACCCCAAAUAAAUGAAAGUUUGGCGUCACUGGUUAAAGCCACAGCUUGGACUGUGGCUGUUAAUCUGGACUACACUUCCUGUGUUCAGCUGAAGUCAGGAGUGCUUGCUUCAGGGCAGGGGAGAGCAGAAUCCUAUUUUCUGGGACCAUUCAAUGGAAUGUCACAAAAUGGCCUCAGGAGAAGGCUUCCAGCUUGCCUUUUCCCAUGUCUUUUUGUGGCGUUGAAGCUGAGUGUGGUGCAAAAAUCCUCCUCUCAAAGUGUGGAGAAAUGAUGUGAGCAGCAGUGUUUUUUUUUGUUGUUGUUGUUUGAAUUUGCAUAAGUUGGAAUGUAAAGCAUCUAUAACUGGCAAACAUUAUCUUGCUUUGACAUCAAAUUAACCAGUUGAGAUCAAACAGGGAUUUUUUUUUUUGGUGGGGGGGGGGAAUGCUUUUGUUUUUGAAGAGAGUGAAGUUGGAGUCUUACAAAUACUUCAGUUUAUUCUAAUGCACUCAAAUUCAAAUAGCUGAAAAUACUUGUGCCUUCACUGGAACUGGAUGGAAAAGAUGAUUUAAUUAAUGAAGUCUUAACUUUAAGAAACAGGGAAUGUUUCCCUGGAAAGGUAAUGAGAAACUUCAGUUACCAUUUGUGCUUGGUCUGUCACCAAGAAGAGAAAGUUGGCAGCAUCUGAAAAGUGUAGAUGUUCAAGUUAAAUAUGUUAGAAGUACUAACGAAUAUUUUUGAAAUGUCCCUGCCUGCCAGCAUGUUGUAACUGGCUGGAAGAUGGCCUGGAGGUGUGUGCUAUACCAGCACAACUGUCUGAGAAUUCUUAGAGGCAUUUAUAGACAUUCAAGAGAUGUCGCUAGAAGCUGGCUAUGAACUCAACUAAUGGGAUUUGUCCUGAUCACUUUCAAUAGGUAUUCAUAUACUAAUCAAUGGAAGAAUUAAACACUACUUUAAAAAAACCUAACAGUUUGCAGGAUGGCAAUAUUAACUUGUUCAAACACGCUGUUGAUUCAUGCUUAUGUAUUUGUGCAGAAUCCAUAUCUUUUAAAGAGAAUCAGGAGGCCUUAUGUGUUCCUAAUUCCGCUUGUUGAUUGAUACGGAAUUGUAUAACAUGAAUAUUUUUGUAAGUCCACAAACAUUAAACAUAUAGGUGACAAAGGUAAAGAUGGUAUGUAUUUUAUUUUAAAUCUACUGAAUAAAACUGUCUCAAACAGUAUAAUAGGUAAAGUUCAGAGCUAGAUUCUGAUGAAAUUUAUUUCCUAAGGUAGGAUGAAGGUGAGAUAAAGUCAUCCUCUGUGACAAGGUAUCAAAGAGCUGAGGGAUAGCUGCAGGCUGCAAAGAAUACUUACAUGGAUCAGUUACAGCUGGACUGAACACUGUAUUGAACCUGGAAAAGAUGUGAUGCGUGCAAUUUCUUGAAAGUUUUCAUUUAAGUGGUUUCAUUUUUCCUAACUCUAUAGAACACAAGUGAACAGUUGUCUUUUCAACAGUUGCCCGGAGCAGGGCAGAGAAAGGAAGAGGGAAGAAAGGGUCUUAGGCAGUAAACAAAGCCAAAGUAGGGAGGAAGGAUGUUAGCAACAGCUAAAUUUCUGCUUCCUUACUUGACUAUUUUUUUGUAUUAGUUCAAAACAUAGCAGUUUAUUUACAGAAUGCCUUUUAU